AUUCGAUUAUUUUCCGCCACACGUCCAUCCGUCAGCCAAUUGAAGUAAAUUUACAAGUAAACCAGCUUUUUUUUCGAAGCAGCAAGGCGAGUGUGUGUGUGUACUACAUUCGCCGCUUGAUUGUGUUAUCAAUCGGAAGCUAAAAAAACAAAAGCCGCGUUUAAAAAACUAAAACGUGCUUCGCUCACAACUACCAGUGCAAGUGCAGCAGGCUGAGCUAAAAUAAAAACCUAAACUUUGCAAGGAAUUUUCGGAAUGACGUCCCCAAAGUGUUACCUGGUGCUGGAGGAUGGCACUGUCAUGCCCGGCACUCCCUUUGGCCACAUUCCCCCGGCCACUGAGGGCGGCAUUGGUGGCGAGGUGGUCUUCCAAACCGGCAUGGUCGGUUACACCGAAGCCCUCACGGAUCGCUCGUAUAGUGGUCAAAUCUUGGUAUUGACUUAUCCCCUAAUUGGAAACUAUGGUGUACCAUCGCCGGAGGAUCAGGAUGAGCACGGUCUGCCCCGGCACUUUGAGUGGCUGGAGGGUGUAGUCCAAGCCAGCGCUCUAGUGGUGGGCGAAGUGGCCGACAAGGCUUGGCAUUGGCGCGCCUGGAAGACGCUACCCAAGUGGUUAGAGCAGCACCAAGUGCCCGGCAUCAGUGGCAUCGAUACGAGGGCCCUCACCAAGAAGCUGCGUGAACAGGGCAGCCUGCUGGGCAGGAUCGUAUACGGAGAGCAGCCAUCAGGUGGACUGCCCAAGUCAAGUUUUGUGGAUCCCAAUACCAGGAAUUUGGCCAAAGAAUGCAGUGUGGCAAAGCGUCGUGAGUUUGGUGAUCCCCAAGGCAAGGGACCACGCAUUGCUAUUAUGGAUUGCGGCCUGAAGCUUAACCAGUUGCGUUGCCUUCUGGAUCGUGGAGCCUCGGUAGUGUUGCUACCUUGGAAUGCCCGUCUUCAGGAUGAGCAGUUUGAUGCUCUCUUUCUGUCCAAUGGACCCGGUAAUCCCGAAAGCUGCGAUGAGAUUGUGCAACAGCUUCGUCAAGUGCUUGAGAGUGGCAGCAACAAGCCUGUCUUUGGCAUUUGCCUGGGCCACCAGCUGUUGGCCAAAGCCAUUGGCUGCUCCACCUACAAGAUGAAGUACGGUAAUAGAGGCCAUAAUUUGCCCUGUCUUCACCGUGCCACCGGACGCUGCCUAAUGACCUCUCAGAAUCAUGGAUAUGCUGUGGAUCUGGAGCAAUUGCCCGACGGCUGGUCGGAGCUGUUUGUGAAUGCCAAUGAUGGCACCAACGAGGGUAUUGUUCAUGCCACCAAGCCUUACUUUUCGGUUCAAUUCCAUCCGGAGCAUCAUGCUGGCCCCCAGGAUACUGAGUUCCUGUUCGAUGUGUUCCUAGAGAGCAUACAGCGACGAGAUGUAACCAUACCGCAGCUGAUUGAGCAGCGAUUGAAGCCAACUGGCCCGCCAGCAGAUUUAACGCAGUCAGCGAAGCCACGCAAGGUGCUUAUUCUGGGCUCCGGUGGGUUAUCCAUCGGCCAGGCCGGAGAAUUUGAUUAUUCCGGUUCGCAGGCCAUUAAGGCCAUGCGGGAGUCCAAUAUCCAAACGGUGCUAAUUAAUCCGAAUAUAGCCACAGUUCAGACCUCAAAGGGCAUGGCCGAUAAAUGCUAUUUCCUGCCCCUGACACCGCACUAUGUGGAGCAGGUUAUCAAGUCGGAGCGCCCGAACGGUGUCCUUCUCACCUUUGGCGGCCAAACGGCGCUCAAUUGUGGCGUGGAACUGGAACGGGCUGGCGUCUUCUCCAAGUACAAUGUACGCAUUUUGGGCACACCUAUACAAUCCAUCAUUGAGACGGAGGAUCGUAAGCUAUUUGCGGAUCGUGUGAAUGAGAUUGGCGAGCAAGUGGCACCCUCGGAGGCAGUAUACUCGGUGACCGAAGCCCUGGAGGCAGCCCAACGUUUGGGUUAUCCCGUGAUGGCCAGGGCCGCCUUCUCCCUGGGCGGCUUGGGCUCGGGCUUUGCCAACAACGAACAGGAACUGCAGAGCUUGGCCCAUCAGGCUCUGGCCCAUUCAAGCCAACUGAUUGUGGAUAAAUCCCUCAAGGGCUGGAAGGAGGUGGAGUACGAGGUAGUCCGCGACGCCUACGACAAUUGCAUCACUGUCUGUAACAUGGAGAACUUCGAUCCGCUGGGCAUACACACCGGCGAGAGCAUAGUGGUUGCACCAUCGCAAACCCUCUCGGACCGCGAGUACCAAAUGCUUCGGAGCACCGCCCUCAAGGUGAUUCGUCAUUUCGGCGUCGUCGGUGAGUGCAACAUACAGUAUGCUUUGUGCCCGCACUCGGAGCAGUACUACAUCAUCGAGGUGAAUGCCAGAUUGUCGCGAAGUUCGGCUUUGGCCAGCAAGGCCACCGGUUAUCCGCUGGCCUAUGUGGCCGCCAAGCUGGCCUUGGGUCUGCCGCUGCCCGAGAUUAAGAACUCAGUGACGGGCAAUACGACGGCCUGCUUUGAGCCAUCGCUGGAUUAUUGUGUGGUCAAGAUACCACGCUGGGAUCUGGCCAAAUUUGUGCGUGUGAGCAAGCACAUUGGCAGCUCCAUGAAGAGCGUCGGUGAGGUGAUGGCCAUUGGUCGGAGCUUCGAGGAGGCCUUCCAGAAGGCUCUGCGCAUGGUGGACAGCGAUGUGCUGGGCUUUGACCCUGAUGUGGUUACCCUGGACAAGGAGCAGCUGAACGAGCAACUAUCGGAGCCAACUGAUCGACGACCCUUUGUCCUUGCCGCCGCCCUGGAUAUAGGCAUGGGCGUCGAUGAACUGCAUGCUCUAACAAAGAUUGAUUGCUGGUUCCUGGAAAAGCUGCAGAGAAUCAUGAUGCUGCAUUGGGACCUCACCAGGGCGGGCAGCCAGAUGGGACCAGAGUUGCUACUACUGGCCAAACGUUCCGGUUUCUCGGACAAGCAGAUAGCCAAGGCGACCAAGAGCACUGAGCUGGCAGUGCGCCAUCAGCGUCAGGAGUUUGGAAUCCGUCCGCAUGUCAAGCAGAUCGAUACGGUGGCCGGUGAGUGGCCAGCGAGCACUAAUUAUCUGUAUAAUACGUACAAUGGCAGUGAGCAUGAUGUAACCUUUCCCGGUGGCCACACCAUUGUCGUUGGCUCGGGCGUCUAUCGGAUUGGUUCGUCCGUGGAGUUCGAUUGGUGCGCCGUCGGCUGCCUGAGGGAAUUGAGGAAACUGCAACGUCCCACAAUUAUGAUCAACUACAAUCCGGAGACAGUGUCCACCGACUAUGAUAUGUGCGAUCGCCUGUACUUUGAGGAGAUUAGCUUCGAGGUGGUCAUGGAUAUUUAUGAGAUGGAGUCUAGUGAUGGCAUCAUUCUCUCCAUGGGCGGACAGUUGCCAAAUAAUAUUGCCAUGGAUUUGCAUCGCCAGCAGGCCAAAGUUUUGGGCACAUCACCGGAAUCAAUUGAUUGUGCCGAGAAUCGCUUCAAGUUCUCUCGGAUGUUGGACCGCAAGGGCAUCCUGCAGCCACGUUGGAAGGAGCUGACCAAUCUGCAGUCUGCCAUCGAGUUCUGUGAGGAGGUGGGCUAUCCGUGUCUGGUCAGGCCAUCGUAUGUCCUCUCUGGUGCCGCCAUGAAUGUGGCCUAUUCGAAUCAGGAUCUGGAGACCUAUCUGAAUGCUGCCUCUGAGGUGAGCCGUGAACAUCCGGUGGUUAUAUCCAAGUUCCUAACGGAGGCCAAGGAGAUCGAUGUGGAUGCAGUGGCCGCCGAUGGACAGAUCUUGUGCAUGGCCGUUUCGGAGCAUGUGGAGAAUGCUGGUGUCCAUUCGGGUGAUGCCACGCUGGUGACACCGCCGCAGGAUCUUAAUGCUGAGACUUUGGAGGCCAUUAAGAGGAUCACUUGCGAUCUGGCCAGUGUGUUGGAUGUCACGGGUCCCUUUAAUAUGCAACUGAUUGCCAAGAAUAACGAACUGAAGGUCAUCGAGUGUAAUGUCCGUGUCUCCCGUUCAUUUCCCUUUGUCUCCAAGACUCUGGAUCAUGACUUUGUGGCCACCGCCACGAGGGCCAUUGUUGGACUCGAUGUGGAGCCACUGGAUGUGCUGCAUGGUGUGGGCAAGGUGGGCGUAAAGGUGCCACAGUUUAGCUUCUCGCGUCUGGCCGGUGCUGAUGUCCAACUGGGCGUGGAGAUGGCCUCCACCGGGGAGGUGGCCUGCUUCGGGGAUAACAGAUACGAGGCCUAUCUCAAGGCCAUGAUGUCCACCGGAUUUCAGAUACCCAAAAAUGCUGUACUUUUGUCCAUUGGCAGCUUUAAGCACAAAAUGGAACUGCUGCCUUCGAUUAGGGAUCUGGCCAAGAUGGGCUAUAAACUAUAUGCAUCCAUGGGCACGGGUGACUUUUAUGCUGAGCAUGGCGUUGAUGUGGAAUCCGUUCAGUGGACAUUUGACAAGACCACACCCGAUGACAUCAAUGGUGAACUUCGUCAUUUGGCCGAGAUUUUGGCCAACAAACAAUUCGAUAUGGUCAUCAACCUGCCAAUGAGCGGCGGAGGAGCCAGGCGAGUCUCUUCCUUCAUGACACAUGGCUAUCGCACUCGCCGCCUGGCCGUGGACUACUCCAUUCCGUUGGUUACCGAUGUCAAGUGCACCAAGUUAUUGGUGGAAUCAAUGCGAAUGACUGGUGGCAAGCCGGCUAUGAAGACACACACGGAUUGCAUGACCUCGCGACGAAUUGUCAAGCUGCCCGGUUUUAUUGAUGUCCAUGUCCAUCUCCGAGAGCCAGGGGCCACGCACAAAGAGGAUUUCUCCAGCGGCACAGCGGCAGCAUUGGCCGGUGGUGUGACCCUCGUAUGCGCCAUGCCCAACACUAAUCCCUCGAUUGUGGAUCGGGAGACAUUCACGCAGUUCCAGGAGCUGGCCAAGGCAGGAGCCCGUUGCGAUUAUGCUCUGUAUGUGGGUGCAACAGAUGGAAAUUGGGGACAAGUGCCAGAGCUGGCCGGCCAGGCAUGUGGCCUAAAGAUGUAUCUGAAUGAUACCUUUGGCACCUUGAAGCUAAGCGACAUGAAUGCCUGGCAGCGACACUUGACUCACUGGCCAAAACGAGCGCCGAUCGUUUGUCAUGCCGAGAAGCAAAGCACAGCGGCUGUAAUCCUAAUGGCCCACCUGCUGGACCGACCCGUGCACAUCUGUCAUGUGGCCAGACGGGAGGAGAUUCAGUUGAUACGCGCCGCCAAGGAAAAGGGCAUCCGUGUGACAUGCGAAGUGUGCCCACACCAUCUGUUCCUGAGCACCAAGGAUGUGGAGCGGUUGGGCGAGGGUAUGUCGGAGGUGAGACCCUUGCUCUGCUCACCAGAUGACCAGGAGGCACUGUGGGAGCACAUGGACUACAUUGAUGUAUUCGCCACCGAUCAUGCACCGCACACGCUGGCCGAGAAGCGUUCGGAGCGACCGCCGCCUGGCUUCCCCGGUGUGGAGACCAUACUGCCUCUCCUCCUGCAGGCCGUCCACGAGGGACGUCUCACAUUGGAGGAUAUCAAACGGAAGUUCCAUCGCAAUCCCAGGAAUAUAUUCAACCUGCCCGAUCAACCGCACACCUAUGUUGAGGUCGAUUUGGACGAGGAGUGGACCAUCACGGGGGCCGAAAUGAAGAGCAAGUCGGGUUGGACGCCAUUUGAGGGCACCAAGGUCAAGGGACGCGUUCAUCGUGUCAUUCUGCGCGGCGAGGUGGCCUAUAUCGAUGGCCAGGUGCUGGUCCAACCCGGCUAUGGCCAGAAUGUGCGCCAACCUAAGCUUGGACUACUGCUGGCUGAGGGUGCUGCCUCUCAGGAUCAAUUAUUGCCCAGCGACAGCGAUGCCAACGAGACCUUUGCCCAUCUCCUGACCAAUGAGGGGACUCAUACUGCUGCCGGUGGUGCUGCUGGUGCCAAGGUGCACUUUGUAGACGAGGCCAAUAGCUCGAGCUUCCUGCGUCCAGUUUCACCGUCGCCACGCAUGCGACUGGACUCCACCAGUAAUACCACUCUCCGGGAGUACGUGCAGCGCACAGUGCAGCCAGCGCAUGGCUCCUCCAGUCCCAAUCCCGUGGCCCAUUCCCUGGUGGGCAAGCACAUCCUGGCCGUGGACAUGUUCAACAAAGAGCAUCUGAACGAAAUCUUCAAUUUGGCCCAACUGCUCAAGUCGCGAGUGACCAAGGACCGCUCCGUUGAUGAACUGCUGCGCGGCAAGAUUAUGGCCAGUGUGUUCUAUGAGGUGAGCACACGGACGCAGUGCAGCUUUGCCGCUGCCAUGCUGAGACUGGGCGGCCGUGUAAUCAGCAUGGACCAGAUCACAUCGUCGGUGAAGAAGGGCGAAACGCUGGAGGAUAGCAUCAAGGUGAUGGCCAGCUAUUCGGAUGUCAUGGUGCUGCGCCAUCCCACUCCAGGUGCUGUGGCGCGCGCUGCCUCGUUCUCCCGAAAGCCCUUGAUCAACGCUGGCGACGGCGUCGGUGAGCAUCCCACUCAGGCACUUCUGGACAUCUUCACCAUUCGCGAGGAAAUUGGUACUGUAAACGGUUUGACCAUCACCAUGGUGGGUGACCUGAAGAAUGGACGCACUGUGCACUCGCUGGCCCGCCUCUUGACGCUCUAUAACGUGACCCUGCAGUAUGUGGCCCCGGAAAGCCUGCAAAUGCCUCGCGACAUUACCGAUUUUGUGCAUCAGCGAGGCGUCAAGCAGUACUUUGCCUACGGGCUAAAGGAUGUCCUCCCAACCACGGAUGUUCUGUAUAUGACGCGUAUACAGCGGGAACGAUUCGAGAGCGAGGAGGAGUACCAGAGCUGCUGCGGUAAGUUGAUUGUAACGCCCAAGCUUAUGACGUUGGCCAAGAAGCGUUCGAUUGUGCUGCAUCCCCUGCCGCGCCUGGACGAGAUUAGUCGCGACUUUGACUCUGAUCCGAGGGCUGCCUACUUCCGGCAGGCGGAAUACGGCAUGUAUAUACGCAUGGCCCUGCUGGCCAUGGUAGUGGGAAGCCGAAAUACAGCUCUCUAAAAGGACAACAGACAAUCUCCCAAUGACUCUUUACGCUCUUUAUUUUUUGUAUUCACCUUUUUUUGUAUAUGAUACAUUUUUACGAAUAAACCUACAUACGGUUUGCAUUUCUUA